AUGCCUCCUCCGGACCGACGCAAGAAACAUUGUCAAACCGUUGGCUCCAAUCCUACAGAAGAGAAAAUGGAAGAAGGGGAAGCAGAGUCAAGUAGUUCUGAAGACGAGACCUACACGCGCGAAAAAGCAAGCUCAACGACUCCGAAAGAAGAAGAAGAAACUCUCGAUACUAGUGCGACUGAGGCAACAGCCAAAACAGGCAAAAUCGGGUUUUCAAGUGGAAAGCGUUCAGAACUUUAG